CCUGGUCGUUUGUCAUCCACUCUGUUGGAGGCAGAGAUACCUCCUCACAACCAGAAAGAAGCACGAGGGAGCUGAAGUGAGGGGUUUAGAGCUGAAGUGAGGGGUUUAAAGGAGAAUAAAUCUCAUCAUCAUUAUGAGGACGAUCAACCACUGGUUGUGCUUCUUCCUGCUUGCCUUCCCGCUUUCCUGGGCAGAGGACACGAAGAAAGAUGUGAGGAAGACUGAGAAUGACACAGUUUGGAGCCAAGCGAAGGCCAGACAACUGUUUGCAAGGAGAAAGAUUUCUCCGCCACAGGAAAGUAACACUACUAAACACAAGUCAAACCUAAUGUCCCCAGCACGUCGCUGCGGCCGCCUGAUGGAAAGCUGCUCCGCCCACGUCCUGUGCUGCGACCCCUGCGCCUCCUGCCGCUGUCGACUCUUCAACACCAUCUGUCAUUGCUGGAGGAUGAACCCGCUGUGCUUAAAGAAGACGUAGAUGGAGCACAAAACCCACACGUGCACAGACAAAGCCCAGCACCAGGACAUAUACAGUGAUAGACAUAUAUACGCAUACAAAUACAUAUACACUGCCUUCUAGCCUGUGGGUGCAGCUCAGAGAAUAUUAGAAACAUUUGAAAAAUCAUGAAAAAAUUUAAGUAUUUCCAUUGUCUGUGGCUUCAACACUUGAGUGAUGGACGGGGACAUGGAAAUGAAAGGGUGAAGCCUGUAUUUUUCUGUCUUCUGAGGCUUGAAUAAGAAAUACUCACAUAAAUGUUUACAUAAUAUCCAAACACCCAACAUGUGUAACAACAUAUGGGUGACAUAUGCUUUUUCAUGUAUGUAGACAAUCAACGUGUAAACUGUGUGUUGUGCCUUGGUUAUUUCGCGCUAUUGCUGCUUUUGAAUAUCUUUAUCACUUCUGCUCUCCUGCCAUACUAAGCAUAUGGUAACCUAUAAUAACCAGGUUUAGAUUUAUUUUUUUAACCUUACUACCGUACAGACUAAAUGUGGAAAUAAAUAAAGCAAAAUCAUAUGUUUUGAGCCAUCAACGGUUAAAAAACAGAUUGUUCCUUUCCUAUGUAAAAGAAAUAUGACUUGGAGAACACAUUUAAGUCCUGAAAUGUGGAAUUAUUAAUUAUUCACAUGUGGAUUUAUGAGUUAAACUUUUGCUAUUGAAUAAAUAUAUCAUAAGCCUAUAUUAUCCUUGUUUUUGU